AGUUUCCCGGCAGCUCCCGACUGGGUGCUCCGCCCAGCUUUACCUCCAAAAAUUAACAGGUAACAAAAACAAUGUGAAAUAGUGAUCGCAUCCAAAUAUAGCAUGUGUUCACAAUGAAGCAAUGGCAGCCGGCACUGUGCUACCUUGUGAUGCAGUUGAUGCUGGCAAACUCCACAUUUAUCACCACAUCAAAACCGACUCAAAAAAUUGGACCAAUACUAGAACCAUCAUCACUAAGCCCUGCACUAAACUGGAAUGGACGGAAUGAAUCAAGGGCAAAGGAAAAUUCAACAAGAGAUAUGGGUAAACAAAUUGGAUCCAGUGAAGCGACGACAUCAACACCGAGAACUAUGUUGAUACCGGUUUAUGUGCGUUUACAAUCUACUAACAAAACACCUCAGCCAUACAAAACGCAGCACAAAACAAUUGGUUCAAGCCAAAAAAAAUCAGAGCCCAUUACAGAACUCUCCAUACAGAUUAUUGACAUCACUCCUGAUGCACUUGUGGGGGCUGAACCUGAUAUGAGUGAAGUUACUUUGAGUGAAAUCACAAGUUUGGAAACAUUGCAAACACACACUGACAGUUACUCUGAAGUGCCUGAGGUGAUGCACCCAGUACAGCACGCCGCUCUUGCGCGAGGUUUAAAAGCUUAUCCACUGCCGCUAGAGGGCUCUGAUCACGAGCUUCAGUUAAACGUAACCUGGCUGCCUAAUACAGGACCACCAGUAUCGGACUAUUCGCUGGAGGUGCGUAGCGUCACCAACACCGUAGACUGUAUGACGUCAUUGUGCUACGAAUACAAUAUUCCAGGGAGCUCACUGUGGUGGGCAAUACCAUCUUACCCAAGUCCGGUAGCAGAGAGCUGCGCGGUGAAGCCCGGCUGUGCAUACGCCGUUCGGCUAAUUUCCCACCCGUGGGACGGACACACCUCAGCCAACCUGAACGUCGAGUUAGAUGAGUGCGUGGCGGGCGUGUGUUCGUGCGCGCACGCUUCGCGCUUGCCGACGCCUCGCGUCUCCGCCCGCGCUGUGUCGGUCCACGGGGAACUCUUUGUGAACGUCACCUGGGACUUGCCCCCGCCUCAGUUUCCGUACAGACUUCCAUCUGGGCUUAAGAAACAAUAUUUUUUUGUCAGUAUCGGCAAGCAAAUGGUCUCAGAUGCACAUCCGUCGCCAUGGUUUGCCCACUCUAUAUCUCGGAGAGUUGACAUCGACACCCUGGUGACGGAUCCGGAAGAGUCUCGAUGGAUAUUGCUGCCCACUGUCGAGCGGAGCGGCGAGCGGAGCGCUGUACGCCAGCAUAGUAUCAUGCUGGACGUUAAAUUACUUGCAAGAGUUAAUUUGAUCGAUGAGCGUGGAUGUGUUGGACCGGCUGGAAAUGCUACCGCUUAUGAUCCUACUGAAGCCAAAAAAAUCACCUAUGCAAGCUACGCAGUUUGGGCGAUAUUCGGUGGUGUUUUUGUGCUGGCGAUGAUAACGUUAUUGGCUGUGAGCGCACGCAUAGUCAAGCGGGUGCUAAACAUUUUCCGCCCCGCUCCCUCUGCCGCUUCGCUUGAGCCACUGCGUAACCACCCUAUCUGGUUCCCGCUUAACACAACCGGCGACCUGCCGUCGCGAGGUCAAAUGGAAAACAGCCCGCUUUACAUCCACAAAGAGUUUGUAACAGCUGGAGAAGACUCCAAUGAGUGGGAAGUGACACGCUCCAGGGUACAUCUCGGCGCUCUCAUCGGAAGUGGUGCUUUCGGUAGGGUGCACCUUGCGGAACUUGAUAUGCCAGGCGGGGAGACCACCAUUGUCGCUGCGAAAAUGCUAUCAGACAACGCCACAGAGGAAGAAAUGCAAGAUUUCCUCCGCGAAAUACAAAUGCUAAAACACGUCGGCUACCAUAGAAACGUGAUCAGACUAAUCGGUUGCUGCACCACCAGAGCGCCGCUUAUAGCCCUGUUAGAGCACGCGCCAAGGGGAGACCUGUUCUCUCUUUUGCGUGCUGCUAGAGAGAGACGUAUCGGUAUACAGCGUCCAAGCCUUAAAAAGGACAGCGAUGUGAAUGGCAGACCCUCCGAGUGUGAAUCUGAAUAUACAAACUUAAGCAACUCUGAUCACACUUUAUUAGACGGAAAAUUAUACGGAGAUGGAGAGAAUCGAAGAAGCAAAGACCACUACGUUGCAGAGCCUGCAUUACAAUUGGAUAGUAGCACGAUGAGGGAAUAUGCUCUGCAAGUCGCCUUAGGGAUGCGACAUUUGGAGGAGAGAGGAAUAACGCAUCGGGAUCUGGCAGCCCGCAAUAUUUUAGUGGACAGUGCAGGAAUAUUGAAAGUGGCAGACUUCGGCCUCUCCCGAUCUGGAGUAUACGUGCACACUCGGCCUAGACCGGUGCCGCUGCGCUGGUUAGCACCAGAGGCAAUAUUUCACGCACAAUACUGCAGUGCGAGUGAUGUUUGGGCCUUCGCUGUGCUGCUAUGGGAGAUAGCUACACUGGGCGGCUUCCCAUACGCGGAGCUAAGCAAUCACCAAGUACCAACAUUCCUGACGGGCGGCGGUCGACUGCCGAAACCAGCGCGCGCCUCUUCUCGACUCUACCAGUUAAUGACCGAAUGCUGGUCGGAGAACCCCCAAGAUCGCCCAACGUUCGCCCUCAUAGUGGAAAAGCUUACUGUCCAGAGGCAACUCUACGUGGACCUCGACUGCCUGUACCCAGCAUCCGAAGACCACCUGACCCCGUUGAGCGACUACUUCAGCGCUGCGAGUGUUGACAGUGAAACCUUCGGGUGACCAUUCCAAAGACUGAUUACUAUUUGUUAUUUAUUACGCCAUCGCAUUAAAUGUAUUUAAAUUUU